AUUAACAACUCCCUAAAGACCAAACAAAGGUAUACUUUGGUACCAAAUGAAGAUAUGCUGCAGCUCCUCCUCCCACCUUCAUAUUCCGGCACCGAUUUCAUUCCCUUAAACCCUAACCCCGCCAAAACCCCACCUUUCACCCACCCUAUGUGCGCAUCCCCUUUCUCUUCCCUCUCCAUCCUCCGCUUUUUCCGACCCCUUGCCCUGCCCCAUCACGCCCACCUCCGCCUCCUCCGCCCCCUCUCACGAGCACCUGUUCUCCGACCCUCCUCCACCCGCCUUCGCACCUCUUUCUUUCCACUCCUAUGUUCUUCCUACUCCGCCUCUUCCGGUGUUGUGAUUGAUCAAGCUGCGCGUGAUUCUAACUCUGACGAUGGGAGGGGUGAGGGGAACUGGGAUCUUUUUAAGUGUGACAAUGAGGCGUUCGUUUUUCAAGACGAUGGUGGGUGUACUGCGGAGGACGGUGCGCUGCAGCUGGAAGUGAAGGAACUGGCGGAACUGCCGGAGCAGUGGAGAAGGUCUAGGCUUGCGUGGUUGUGUAAGGAGCUGCCUGCACACAAGUCGGGGACGUUGGUUAGGAUUCUGAAUGCACAGAGGAAAUGGAUGAGGCAGGAGGAUGCCACGUACGUGGUAGUUCAUUGCAUGCGAAUUCGUGAAAAUGAAACUGGCUUUAGGGUCUACAAAUGGAUGAUGCAGCAAAGUUGGUAUCGAUUUGAUUUUGCUCUUGCAACUAAGUUGGCAGAUUUCAUGGGUAAAGAGGGGAAGUUUGCAAAAUGUCGGGAUAUAUUUGAUGAUAUAAUCAACCAGGGGCAAGUGCCUAGUGAAUUGACAUUUCAUACUUUGAUUGUUGCUUAUCUUAAUGCGCCUGUUCAAGGUUGCUUGGAUGAAGCAUGUAGCAUUUACAAUCGGAUGAUUCAGUUGGGUGGUUACCAACCCCGUCUUAGUUUGCAGAACUCACUUUUCAGUGCUCUUGUGAGCAAACCUGGAGGCUCUUCAAAACAUUAUCUCAAACAAGCUGAGUUUGUCUUUCACAAUAUGGUAACAUCUGGCCUUGAGAUGGGGAAGGAUAUUUAUGCUGGCCUAAUUAAAUUGCAUAGCUAUCAGGAUACUGUAGAUAAAAAUAGAGUAAGAGAACUAAGAAAUGAGAUGAGAAAAGCAGGUUUUGAGGAGGACAAAGAAGUGCUUGUGUCCGUCUUGAGAGCUUGUGCAAGUGAGGGGGAUGUUGAGGAAGCUGAAAGGACGUGGCUUAAACUACUUGCUUGUGGAAGCAGUGUCCCCUCUCAGGCUUUUGUGUAUGUAAUGGAGGUUUUUGCAAAAGUUGGAGAAUUUAUGAAAUCUUUUGAAUUUUUUAGACUGAUGGAGAAGCAUUUGGGUUCUGCCAGUGUUGCAGCAUACCACAAAAUCAUAGAGGUGUUAUGUAAAGCUCAGGAGAUGGAACUUGCAGAAUCUCUCAUGAGAGAAUUCAUAGCUAGUGGUAAGAAGCCACUUAUGCCUUGUUACAUUGAUCUGACAACUAUGUACCUCAAUUUGAGCCUACAUGAUAAACUGGAGACAGCCUUCUUGGAUUGCCUUGAGAAAUGCCGGCCCAAUCGUACUAUUUACAACAUUUACUUGACUUCUUUGGUCAGAGUGGGCAAUCUAGGCAAAGCAGAGGAAAUUUUCAACCAAAUGCUUGGUAAUGGGACAAUUGGUAUUAAUGCUCAAUCAUGCAAUGCAAUUUUAAGUGGAUACCUAUCUUCUGGACAUUUUGUGAAGGCAGAAACAAUAUAUGAUCUGAUGUGCCAGAAGAAAUAUGAAAUAGAUUCUGAAUUGAUGGAAAAGCUGGAUUAUGUCCUCAGCUUGAGCAGAAAAAUGGUUAAGAAACCUGUGAGUUUGAAGUUAAGCAAGGAACAAAGAGAAAUUUUGGUGGGGUUGCUGUUAGGUGGGUUGCAGAUAGUCUCUGAUGAAGAGAGGAGGAAUCACAUGAUCCGGUUUGAGUUUAAGGAGAACUACGUCACCCAUUCCACCUUGAAGAGACAUAUUCAUGACAGGUACCAUGAAUGGUUACAUCCUUCUAGUAAGCCUAUUGAUGAAGAUAUACCUUACAAAUUCAGCACGAUCUCACAUUCUUACUUUGGGUUUUAUGCGGAUCAGUUUUGGCCAGGAGGCCAACCCAAGAUCCCAAAGCUGAUCCACCGUUGGCUGUCACCACUGGUUCUUGCAUACUGGUACAUGUACGGAGGUUACAGAACAUCAUCAGGGGAUAUCAUUCUGAAGCUGAAGGGAAAUCCUAAGGGUGUCGAGAAUGUUGUCAAAACAUUGAAAGCAAAAUCUCUGGAAUGCAGGGUAAAGAAGAAGAGGGGAGUGUUCUGGAUAGGCUUUCUGGGAAACAACUCUACAUGGUUUUGGAAACUGGUUGAACCUUACAUUGUGGAUGACUUGAAAGACAUUCUAAAGCCGGAUGGCAACACCAUGGAAUCUAAUGACAAUGAAUCUCAAGACAUCAACUUUGACAGUGGAUCCGAUUCUGAUGAUAACUUGUAGAGUGACUACUCAUAUGGUAUGCUUCAUAAAUCAUUUGAUCAUGUAAGUUGUGAAACUGCUUCCACAAUCAUAAUAUAAAGUUGUACAUAUAUUAGACUGGAUUUGAAUGAGCCGUGGAUUAUCUACUCUACUUUUUUGAAUGUAUUCAAUACAAAGUCAUUAUAAAAUUCAUUCCAUCUU